GUAGAAAGAUGUCCCUUUUCAUACCCGAAGAAUUGUGGUUCAAGAUCCUCCAGAGAUUAUCUCUGAGGCCCCUUUUUCGAUUCAAGAUCGUAUGCAAAUCAUGGUACUCUCACAUCACUAGCCCUCAAUUCACUUCCAAAUCGCUCCACACAACUGAUGAUGAUGCCCGAAAGAAGAAAAUCCAGAUUCUUCUUGGGACACCCACCAUCACCAAAUCAUUAUUCGAAAUAGAACAGAGUGCGUUCAUAUGUGAUGGUGACGAUUUUAAUUUUUCAAAGAUUGAAGGUCCAUUUAGUUCUCCAAAAACAGUAAUCGGCUGCGCUAAUGGGUUAAUUUGCCUCCAUGAUGAUGAUAGGUAUUGUUGCCGCCCCGACCCUGUUAUAAUACUAUGGAAUCCAAUCGUCAAGAAAUCCCUGUUUGUUAAUCCACCCUCAGUUUCAAGUGCUUGGUCCAGUAAUUUCCGGGCUUCAUUUGGGUUUGGAUUUGAUCAGAUUGAUAAUGAUUACAAGUUGGUAAGGAUCAUGUCUAACGGCGGCUCGGUUGCUCUGUAUACUUUAAGCACCGGCGAGUGGCAGGGGAUAAGGCAUCCGGCUCCGGCAAGUUUUCGUAUAAAAGGGCCUUGUGCUUUUUUUCACAGGGCAUUUCACUGGGUUGCAUUUGUUCCUGGAGGUAAGCAUGGAGUUUUGUUAUUUGAUUUGUCUAAUCAUGAAUUUCAGGUGAUGAUAUUGCCAGAAAAAAUUCAGGGGCAGCAUUUGAUCGAUAGAACUAUGGAUGUUCAUAAGGGAUCUCUUGCAAUUUUUACGUUUGAACGCGACAGAACGGCUUGCAAGUUAUCCAUAUGGGUCAUGGAGAUAUAUCGGGCCGAAGAAUCCUGGACCAGGAUGCACACCAUUGAUCUUGGUGACACAUUUCUGCCACAGCUGGUAGGAAUUGGAAUGAACUCCAACUUUUUAUUGCUGGAUAAUGAUCAAUUAGUCUCUCUGGAUUUCAAGGGCCAGAAGCGAUGCCGUUUGCAAUCAAUGAAGUGGUCAUUUGUUAAGUUAGUUACCAUGGAAGAGAGCCUAGUGUUGCUUGAUUGGGGUCAUCAAGUCUGCGACGCCGAUGUUAACUGCAAGAGGUUACAUUAUGAUUAUUUUUCAGGUGGAUACACUGGCAUAUUCAAGAAAAGUAUAAGCAAGUAAUCGAAAACGAUCUAGCUAGUGUGUUUGCUUGUUUUCAUACUUUAUUGAAGCCAUUUAGGAUUAUGUUUGCUUGUAGUUAAUUAAGCAACCCGAUGAGAACGAAAUUUUCAG